AGCAGUCGAUCGCCGAGCCGAGCCGGUGCUGGUGCCGCAGGGAAGGAGGUUGAACCAUCACCGCCAUGGCGGCGUCCAAGGUGAAGCAGGACAUGCCUCCGUCGGGAGGUUACGGGCCCGUGGACUACAAACGAAACCUCCCCAAGAGGGGCCUGUCUGGAUACUCCAUGUUUGCCAUUGGGAUUGGACUCAUGUUAUACGGCCAGUAUAGGAUUUUCAAGUGGAACCGAGAGAGAAGGCGGUUGCAGAUUGAAGAGUUGGAAUCUCGGAUUGCAAUCUUGCCCCUUCUGCAAGCGGAGCAAGAUAGACAUGUUUUGCAGCAGGUGCGCGAGAACCUGGAGGAGGAGGCCAAGAUCAUGAAGGACGUGCCCGGGUGGAAGGUUGGCGAGAGCGUGUACAACUCGAACCGCUGGCACACGCCCACCAUUGACCAGCUCUACUUCCUGAGGGACGACGUGGACUUGGCUCGCGAUAAGCUCAACCACCUCUUCCACGUGUAGCACAGCCUACCGCGAUCACUCCUCAAAAUGGCCAUUUCGGGGAGGACGAAGAGGAUAAGACGAUCCACUCGUCUACUCUGUUCCACUUCAACAUGAAGUUUUAGUCGUGGAGGAGUUAAGUAAAGUCUGAAGAACGCCAAAAGGUGGCAGUGUUGGAUUUCCACGGCAGCGUUCUUGAUUGCAGGAUAGAUCAAAUUGCAGCCUUGGCUGGGAAGUUACCCGUUUCGACGUUUCUUUUAAAGUGCCGUUUCAAUUACCACUAAUGUGAUGUUGAGAUAAUGUCCAAAGUGCUAUCGUAUUCAUUAGAUUGGCAAAAAAAAAAACCCAAGUUAAGGUGAGACUGAGUAAUGCCGCCGUGGAAAUGAGAUUAUGAAACGCUCAAUGCAUUCACGUGUUUUGCGGCUCCUUUGUUUUGUGUUGAAGGUACAGUUUGAGUCUGAAUGUUACGUAAGCAACAAUAAUAAAACUAAACUGUCUCCUAA